AUGCCUAGUAGGCUACCGCAAUCUUUGCCGCAACGGCGGCCCUCCGAUACCCAACCGGAACCCCUUCAGCCUCGGGUUACAGCAGGAAACAGAAAUUCAAAGAUAUUGGGCAACACCACAUCGAUUAUAUCAGCGUCAUCCAGCCGACUACCUGCGCCGACCUCGAAACCCCGAAAUGUGCUUAGGAGGAAGAACUCAGGGAUAUCACAAGAGGUAGUGAACAGCAUCCGCAAAGGCUCCCGAGACGAGACCGGAAACCACUCAAAAACAAGCUCGUCCUCAUCGGCUUCCAACCCUCGAUCCCAGAUCUCAAUCGACUCCUCAGCCAGUUCACGCUCCGACCGCAACCCGGCAUCAAACUCGAUGGAAAUCCGAGUAGCUCACCAAGUCGAAGUUGCGGUAGGCGCACCGCAACCAUCAACAUUAUACCCAGAGCUGGAUAGAUAUCGCGAUGUCAAAGUGCCAGUCUACAAUGGAAGUUUCGGCAUCGAGGUGCCGUACCCUCUCACCACUCACGAUCUUCCUCCCCCUACGCCCUUGUUCUCCGGAUCUAGCAGUCAGAUGAGUGGCUUCAGCAGCAGCCCGUGUACAAGAUUCUCCGAGUCACCAGGACCUGGUCCGUAUAGCCGAGACACCACGCCUACGUCCAUGUCCUCUCAGUCCCCCGGCAUGGUGACGCCUUUACGAUUCCCCGGAGCAGGUGUCAGGAUGAGACAGGUUGACGCGAUUCAAACAAGACCACCAGUCAGCAGGAGAAGAGGAGGAAGCAUAUCAAAUGAGUUGGAUCUGGUCAGCGCCGACCCUCAGGGUUUGCCAUCAGUCAGGGAAUCCUUGACCUCGUCGUCUUCCAACUCGACAGUCCGCGAGCUUGAAAGGAAGGAUUCCAAGAAGAGAAAGCAGCUAUCACGGCUUGCGCCUAGCCCACCACCACGCAUAUCGUCACACAAAUUUACCAAGAGCCACGAUGGAAGCUUGUCCCCGCCGAGGCCCUGGCGUGCGCCACCGACGCAGCCAACGGCACCAGCGGCACAACUGUUGCCAAAGCCAGGCUCGUUCUCUCGACCUCGUCCCGCCCAAACUGCCCAACAGGUUCCACCUCCGAGAGGACAGCCUCCUCGCCGCCCGAGCCGAGAUGGAACCCCGGAUCUUUACUCUCAAAUAGGUCUACCCGUGCCCGUAAUCCAGAGUAACUUGACAUCUGCACCAUCAGAGAAGAGAUCAAGCAAACUUAUGGCACCGGCAACCGUUGCCAGGCCUGGCUUGCUAUCUUCAACUUCCGACACACAUGUUCAUUUACUCAGGCCAGCCAUCACCAGAGAGGCAACGCCAGCGCCAAAGAUGUCCAGGAUGGGGGAAGAUGCGAGUACCAUCAAGGCCGAACCAGGAAGGACCAUCCGUACGCCAAGCCCUGGUGUCUCGACGUUUCGACGUUUCCCCCUUUUCGGCCGACGGACAAAGACAGCGAGGAAAGGCCCUGCAGCGGGAACUGGCCACGAAGGCUAUGGGUGCGUCGGGCCAACACGCCGUAGGAGCAACAGCCUUGCAAACACUAGCCGAGCGAUCCCUGGGACGAUGAGUUCGCAAGAAAGCAUUGGCACCAGUGAUUCCUUCUUGUUGGAAAGGAUGGCACCUGUCGUUAUUGCAGGCGGUGAAAUCAUCGAGAACAGGAAUGUCGGUUCGGAAAUGAGCCGGACUGAAAGCAGUCAAAGUGUCACGCGCGAGCGACCCAGCGUGGAAUCCCAGAACGGCUCGCAAGUCUCUCUUAACUCCACCCCUCGGAACACUUUGUGGCCGUCUGCAUUCCCUCGCGCUGGUCAACAUGCACUGAGCGCGUCUGUUAGCAGCCGCAGACCCUCUGAGAGCAGUGAGUCAGAGGCUCCGAUUAUCAAGUCGACGUUGGCUUUGCGGAGAUCCAUACAACGGUUGAAGUCUGGAGAGAAGGAACCCCCAAGGAUUCCGGCUCCUAUCGUCACUCAACCCCAUGUUACGUCUCCCUCGAUCACUAGCAUUGAUGUCAGUGUCCUGAUGACGGACGACUCCAUGCUGGCUCCGUCAAUUGACGCCGCUCAGGGUAUUAAGGCACCAGAGGGACCCAAGAACCUUUCUGGACCCAAGCGCCUGAUGAAGCGAGCUCGUUCUCCGCGAAAAUGGAACUUCUUUGGAAGGAACCACAGCCAAUCUGCUCCAGAGCCAAAGAAGGUGGAUGUUCCCGAGAACAUCGCUCCAAUGGCUGCUGUGGCGGCGACAGUCAAGGUCGUUCAAAGCAAGCCGCUGGCAUUCUACACCAUGAUGGACUCGUCUGAACAGGAAGAUACCGAUAUUCCGGAUUUGGAGGAAGUUCUUCGCGAUGCUAAGAGCCCGGACUCUCCAACUCGCAAGCAGAUUCCCAACCCUCAGCACAAACAGUCGGAAGAGCGCAGACCCUCCGUAACGCAAGAGAACACGCAAGACAGCGUCCUUACUUCGAAGGCCACUAUCCAGGCUCCGACAGUCGCUGAGCCUGAGGACAUGUCCCCGGUCAGGUUCCCUAAGCUUCCGCCCCCACCGUCAAUGCUUCCACCAGUUCCAACGCAAGCUGGGAACACCACCAGUCCUGCACAAGGCCGUCCAAGCCGACUCCCUCAGGUCGGCAGGAUUCCAAAAGUCAUCAGUGCUCGUGCUGAACAGAUCUCACCCAAGAGUUUCUCCCGGCCGUUCCAUAGACUUAGUGUUCAAGCCACGCCAUCCAAGAUGGAUCUUCGGGAUGCAUACUCCAUUGCUAAGGGGCCGAGUCCACCCAGGCCAUCGACGCCGGUUGGAAUGGAAGCCCUGGUGCUGACUCAAAGUCCGGGAUCGAUGCUGCCAGCUUAUUACAGCCAGAUUGGACAGGAGUUUCUCACUUUCUCACCAAGGAAGGGCUCUCAAUGUACCACCAAUACCACGACUUCCAGCAGCUCUGGAGGAUUCAACUUUGCUGAGGCUACUGCAGUCAUUCCUGAUCCUGAUGCACCACUGGCUGAGGAUGAGGUUUGGGAUGAAUAUGAUGACUUGUUUGGGGCAGAAACGUUGAAGCAGCGUCAAUCCACACAAUCCAUACGAUCCUCUUUCGGGAACCAGUUUCACUUGGAGAAGUACACGGCGACCCCAACAAGACGCAUCGAGCCACCCCUGGAGUCCCCAACUCUUCGCUCUCAGUUCCAAGAACAACAGGUGCAAAGUCUUACACAUAUUAUGCACUCGGAAAGAAUACCUGUCAGUUCCAGCGUCUACAGUUCGGACAUGGCUGAGAAGGUGAAGCAACUCUUGGCUGAUCAUCCCAGUCCGAGGUGCUCAUUGGAACCUCAGAUGCCCGAAGAGCCUGUGAUGCAGCCGCAGAAUGAGAUCGUGAACAAGCAACUUGAACAGGAGCAAGAGCUUGAGGUUGAAAAUCAAACCAGUAGCCUUCCUGUGAAUGAUCCACGGCGGUCCGACUCGAGUGGCUGCAGUCAAAGCUCAGAAGAUGGCUCGCCACUUGCAUUAGUCAACUUGCGCGUCGGGUCCAUGACUGUGAGCAAGUGGCUUACCUUCGGGCAUGUGCUCUUCAGUCCGGUCCGAGAUGAGCUGCUCAACGAUGUGGGCUCGCUGAAGCGUCCUUCCAUUCUCGUCAUUGACGGUCUUGGCAACGACGACUGGUCGUUUUAUGCGGCCGAGACAUAUCCAGCAGCCACGUUCUUCAACCUUUCGCCUCGCCCCCCUCGUCCAGCUGCUCGCAAUGGCUCAACUGGUCUCCCUCUUAGUCCUCCGAAUCAUUACCAGACGCAAUACAUGUCACACACGGGCAAAUUCCCUUUCGGCGCGGAGAGUUUUACGGCUGUGGUUUUCCGCUUCCCAGCUGCGGCUCCCGAGGCACACUAUCGAAACAUCAUCUCUGAGGCUCGGCGUGUCCUCAAGCCUGGUGGCUACAUUGAGCUCUCGAUCCUGGAUGUUGACUUGAACAACAUGGGCAACCGCGGACGUAAGGCUGUCCGCCGCCUGAAGGAGCGUGUCAACGCCAAAUCCCCCGAUGUCAGUCUUGGGUCGACGUCGGAUCUCAUCCUCCGACUACUUGGCAGAAAGGGGUUUGUCGAUCUGAAGACUUGCCGUGUUGGCGUUCCAGUCGCUAGUGUCAUUCCACGAUCGUCUGGAAGCGAGAACAGUAAAAGCAGCAAGGCCGCUGGCAAGGGCAAGACCAUUAAGGAUGAGCGCAGUCUUCCCGAGAUGAUCGGCGACGGAAGCCCGGUAGCAGAUGAAAGCAUCACCAAGAUGGUGGCAAAGGUGGGACGAUGGUGGUACAGCCGAUGCUAUGAGAGCGCUGCUGGUACCGGCAUUGGGCCAGGAACUCUAGGGAGCAUGUGGAGAGACAAAGCCCUCCUUGCCGAGUGUGAGGAAUGGGGCACGAGUCUCAAGCUCAUGGUGUGCCACGCCCGAGUUCCUGAUGGGAGACCUCGCCUUGCAAGCAUCUAA